GGGCAGGAGCAUGGAGCGGGCGAGGAGCCCCCGAGCACAGCCCACGUCUCUCCCUGCUGCACCCAGCAGCCCCACGGCGCCCAGGCGUCUCGCCAAAGCUUCCCUUUUCCCCACACCUACCCCUUUCUGUCCUGCAGGAUGAUGAGGAGAUCCCCCAGAUUCCCCAGUGUAGCCUGGGAGAAGGAUGGGGCUCCCCAGGAGAGCAGGUCUCCACCGGAGCCCCACGAGGUGUGCGUGGUCCAGCCACUGGUGACUGAUGCCAGCUGGUUGCCUGUGUACACACAGGAGAAGCAAAGCGUGGACUUCAUCCAAGCCUUUGCCAGCAGCCCAGAAAAGGAGGAGGGCCAGAAGAUGAAGUUUCUUGAGAGCAUCUGCAGCCUGUGCAGAACCGCCAAGCACCAUGGCUUGUCACAGGGCCUGGAUAUCUUCUGCCACGGAUACGAGCUGGCAGAGAAGGUCAAGGAGCUGGUGGAACAAGAGCCCAGGGACCAGCUGCGCACAGCAGUGCGGCAACUUGCCAUGCUUGCCAUCGCCGAAUUGAGCUCAGUGCAGACGGUGCUGGAGGGCAAAGAGAAAAGCAGUCUACAUGCCUGCUGCUUGAGUGUCUUGGGGCUUCCUCCAGCAGAGGAAAUGGAGGGACUGGACACUUCCCUCUACUUCAGGACCCUGAAUGCCAUGGACACCAUGCUGGAGACAAUGGUGCUCAGCUCUCCUGCCUCCAGAGUCAGCAAGGAGAACUUGCAGAGUAUCUUUCAGGUGCUGUUGGCUUUCACCAGCUCUGAGAGACCAGCUGUGCUUGAGAGGACCGUGGGCAGGAUUAGGAUGCUGAGCCAUUUGCUGGCCAGCUAUUCCUCGCUGGAGGCUGCUCAAAAUGAGGACAGACAUGCCUCCUGCAGAGAGAUCCUCAUCCCAGUCCUCGGGCAGCUGCUUGGACGUCUCCUCCUGCUCGUGUCAUCUGGGGAAGAAAAGACCAGCCGUGUGGCUUUGGAUGCCCUUUUCUCCCUUUUCCUAUUCACCCGCCAGCAAAAAUGCACGACACUGUCGGAGGAGAAUGCACAGCUGCCAGCGGCUUGGGAAGCCGAGACCACCUCCUUGUGCUGUUCACCCACCGCCAGAGACUUUGCCAUGGCCUUUGCAAAAUACCUUCAACCAUCUGAGAGGACAGACAUCGUCCUCACAAUCAUUGAUACCCUGAGAGAAUUAAAUGCCAAGAAAAAGCCGCUGGGCAGCAGUGUGAUGGACGUGGUCAUGGCAGACCCUCACGUCUGGCUGACAGAUGUGCCAAAGAUCAUGAGCUGCAUCUAUGAAUCCUGGGAAUACGUGACCAUGGAGUCAGGCCAGCGUAGCAUGGAGUCACUGCUGCUCCUGAUGGCUAACCAGUGCCCUGGGGACGUUGUCACCACGCUGCUGAAGAUCGCUCCACGAGGAGACAGCACUGCCCUGGCACUGUGGGAGGUGAUGCUCUCCACAGCCCAGACCUUGGAGAAGGUUCUGAAGGAGCUGUUCAUCAAACUCCAGGACCGGCAAAACAGGCUCUUCUACACAUACCAGGAGGACACCUGUUUCGUUCGCUUGGCUCUGCUGACCUGCACUGAUUUGGAGGAUGAGGAAUUCUCUCCAAUGUACAAAGUCUUGAGGUUUCUGAGGGAUCCAAGCCCAGCAGUGCUCUCAUUGGUGCUCAGGAGCCUCAUGACGCUGUCAGAGAGAGCUGAGAUGGCAAGAAAAAUGGAGGUCUUCAUGCCAGACAUGAUGAAGGUCCUGGAGGACGGCAACACAAAUAUCAAGAUGAAGUCCCUGGUGGUCUCGCGAAACGUCAUAGGUCACCUGAAGACAAAGGCCAGCCCCAUCGCUGUCCAGCUGAUGGAGAAGCUCCUGCCCCUCUUUGCUGAGGGCUUCGGCGAGGUGAGAGAGCUCUCCAUCAGCCUCUUCAGAGACCUAAUGAAGACUGUGGUGAGGAAGAACAAGAGGCAGAUGAAGACAAAAGUGGAAAUGGGCUUGCUCCCUCUCAUCUUUCACAUGAGUGACCAAAUCCACAGCGUGGCCAAGGCCUCCAGGGAAGCCCUCCUCGCUGCAGCAGAGCUCCUCAAGUGGAAAAAGCUCAAACACCUGCUGCAGAGCCAUCAGACAUGGAGGAUUGCAGAGUGCUUGCUACAGCGGGACAGGCGCAGGACCGAAGAGUACUUGAAUCAGAGCCUGCCGUACCUGGAGGAUGCUCAGGCCACCUUGCGAGCAACGGCCGUCAGGUUCAUCGGGCUUGCUGGGCAGCUCCUGAAGGACCAAAGGGAGGAGAAGCUGGCUGAGAUCUGCCACACCCUUCAGACCUUGGAGGAAGACAAUGAACCCUCCAUCUGUUCCCUGGCAGCUCAGACCACCUCCAUCCUGAGCACUCCAAGGGUGCGGCAAACGUCACGAUGCACCCUGCGAUCACUGUGCUGCUGGUGCUGCUAAGCCAGGCAGAGGUGCAGCUCUUCUCCAGAGAACGGCUGCAAUUCAAUAAAGCUGGAA